ACUUUCAAAAGCUGAUCAAACGGCCACCAUCCCCGGGAAGUUGAUGAAAGCCUCCAGCUGCAGCUUCUACUUCAACGUAUUCUUUCGCCGCAUCACGAACGCUGGACAAAUCUCGGACAAAGCCUUACUUCGACUUGUGGAUGAAUGCCGAAACCUUUUCGAACUCCAAAACGUCCAUGCCGAAGUCGUUGGCCGCCGCCGCCUCUCCUCCGAUCCCGCCGUCGCGAUCAAGCUAAUGCGAGCAUAUGCUGCUUGUGGCGACAUCGCUCGCGCCCGUCAUGUGUUCGACGAAAGUUCUGAGAAAAACGUCGUUUUCUUCAACGUCAUGAUACGCAGCUACGUUGCUUAUGGACGUUACAGGGAUGCUCUGCUGCUCUUCUCUGACAUGGAGCGAUUCCAUGACGUGAAACCCGAUAAUUACACCUAUCCAUGCGCGCUGAAGGCCUGUUCCUGCUCCGAGAAGCUCUCUGGUGGCGUCCAGAUUCAUGGAUCUAUUACAAAGGUUGGCCUUGAUUCAAAUUUGUUUAUUGGGAACGCUCUCAUUACAUUGUACGCUAUGUGCGGAAGUUGUGUAGAUGCCCAACAGGUGUUUGAUGGAAUGCCCAAGCGUGAUGUGGUGUCCUGGAAUGCAAUCAUUUCUGGAUGUGCACAGAGAGGUCUGAAUGGGCAAGCACUGCAGAUCUUCAGGGUUUUGUUUCUACGUCAGAGGCCGAGGGUUGAUGCCGGUACCAUGGCAAGUGUUUCGCAUGCUAUGUCGAAUGCGAAACCUGAAGACAUUGAAUUCGUAAGGAUCAUGUUUGAUGAAAUCAAAGGAAGAAAUUUGAUAUCUUGGAAUGCCAUGAUUGCAAUAUAUGUGAAGAAUUCUAUGGCAGCAGAAGCCAUGGAACUUUUUAGGGACAUGGAGAAACAAGGAAUGGAACCAGAUGAGGCUACACUAGCAAGUCUUCUUCCAGCUUGCCGUGAUCUGAUGGACCUGACACUAGGAAAGCAACUUCAUGAAUUCAUCAAUAAAAAGAAUAUGUGCCCGAAUUUGACCCUGGAGAAUGCUCUUAUGGACAUGUAUGCCACUUGUGGGUGCCUAAAAGAAGCACGAGAAGUUUUCAGUACCAUGAGAACUAGAGAUGUUGCAUCCUGGACAACAAUCAUCUCAGCUUAUGGCAUGCAUGGGCAUGGCCGAGAAGCAAUUUCUCUGUUUGAACAAAUGCAGGAAUCGGGCCUUGAGCCAGAUCACAUAGCUUAUGUUUCCGUUCUUUCAGCCUGCAGCUACUCAGGGCUUCUUGAAGCUGGAAAACACUACUUUAACUCCAUGACUAAGCUUUAUAACUUGGUUCCAAAGAUUGAGCAUUAUGUCUGCAUGGUCGACCUUCUUGGACGUGCAGGUAAAGUGGAUGAAGCUUAUGAUGUCAUCAGACAGAUGCCACAGGAACCUAAUGAGAGGGUAUGGGGUGCUCUUUUGGGUGCUUGUAGAGUUCAUUCGAACAUGUCUAUUGGUUUGAUUGCUGCUGACUAUUUAUUCAGAUUGGUUCCAAAGCAAGCUGGCUACUAUGUAUUACUAUCUAAUAUUUAUGCUAGAGCUGGAAGAUGGAAGGAUGUUGCUUUGGUUAGAAGUAUUAUGGCAAGCAAGGGGAUAAAAAAGUUACCUGGAUGUAGCAUUGUGCAACUUGGGAAUAAAGUUCACACCUUUUAUAUAGGAGACAGGUCACACAGACGGUCAAAGGAGAUCUAUGCAGAGCUGGAUGUCUUGAUGAGAAAGCUGAAGGAGGCUGGUUAUAGUGCUGAGACUGAAACUGCUCUCCAUGAUGUGGAAGAAGAGGACAAGGAGGGCCACCUUUUGGUGCACAGUGAGAAGCUUGCUAUCAUUUUUGCUCUCAUCAGUAGUUUUCCUGAGAUGCCAAUUAGGAUCACAAUGAAUCUUCGAAUGUGUGGGGAUUGCCACCUUGCAGCAAAGCUCAUUUCAAGAAUUACAGCACGAGAGAUCAUCCUCAAAGAUACUAAUAGGUUUCAUCAUUUUCAAUGUGGUUCUUGCUCAUGUGGAGAUUACUGGUAAUAUUUUCUGGCAUUGAAUGCUCUUGAUGGAUGUUAUCAUAUGGAGCUGCGUUUCUUCGUAUCAUGAAGAGUUUUAAGAAGAAAUAGCAGACAGUGAAGGGCAA